CAGCAGGCAUCUCAGGCAUGUGUAUUAAAAAGCAAAUAUGGGUUGGUUGGAUUUGGUGAGAAUUCUGAAAUGGUGGGUGACAGGAAGCUCGUUGCUAUUUCUUUAGCCUAUGGGAUGAUGACGUCGACAACGGAGAUUUACAGUGAAGAAAUUCUUCGUUCACCCCCAUUGUAGACAAAAACGUGUUUCGUUCGAAGACCAUGUCAUCGACAUGACAGGGAGCCAUUCCACCACCCCUUCAUUCUUGGUUUAGAACACUCUUGCCUUGAUAAGGGGGGGGUGUUGGUGUAAUACUAAUCGGUCAAUGGAAAUUGAGUGGAUGAAGUGAAUGAAGCAAGAAGAACCCGCCACCGUUACAGAAGCAAAUUCGCUCAGUCCUUCUCUCUGUGUGCUUUGAAUUACCUUCUCCUUUUACAGUUUUGAAUCCUGAGAUAUAUAAACAGGCGCAUAUGUUUCUACUUGUCUUGGCUUGAGAUUCCUCAACUCUGCGCCGCUUGUUUUGGGUCAAUUCGAGUCACGCAAUUGCGACCCAGUAUCUGUGACCACCUGAAUUGCAACUUGAUCGGGCUAUACACGACGAAUUAUGGCCAGUUAACAGUUAAUUUCGCUUUAUUCGGCGCCGAGAAUGCCCCAAGACGCGCCGUCCGAUCACGAAACUGAUGAUUCUGAGGCAGAGUUCGUCGAGAUCGAUCCCUCUGGACGAUAUGGUCGGUACAAAGAAGUUCUGGGGAAAGGGGCGUUCAAGAAGGUAUAUAGAGCGUUUGAUGAGUUGGAAGGAAUUGAAGUAGCUUGGAAUCAAGUGAGGAUUGCUGAUCUCUUAAGGAAUUCAGAGGACUUGGAGCGAUUGUAUUCUGAAGUUCAUUUGCUUAAGACUCUCAAACACAAGAACAUAAUCAAAUUUUACAGCUCUUGGGUUGAUACCAAGAAUGAGAAUAUCAACUUCAUCACGGAGAUUUUCACUUCUGGAACAUUGCGGCAAUAUCGGAAGAAACAUAAGCAUGUUGAUAUGAGAGCUUUGAAAAAUUGGUCUAGGCAGAUCUUAGAGGGCCUUUUAUAUCUUCACAGUCACGACCCGCCUGUUAUCCAUCGUGAUCUUAAGUGUGAGAAUAUGUUUGUCAAUGGGAACCAGGGGGAGGUGAAGAUUGGAGACUUAGGACUUGCCACCAUUCUCCGCCAGGCUCGUUCAGCUCACAGUGUCAUUGGCACUCCCGAGUUUAUGGCACCGGAACUUUAUGAGGAGGAAUACAAUAAGCUUGUCGAUAUUUAUGCCUUCGGAAUGUGCUUGCUGGAGCUGGUGACCUUUGAAUACCCAUAUUCUGAAUGUGCCAAUGCUGCUCAAAUAUUCAAGAAAGUGACGUCAGGAAUCAAGCCAGCAUCAUUGGAAAAGGUGAAGGAUCCUGGAGUCAAAGCAUUUAUAGAAAAAUGUAUUGCAAAAGUCUCCCAGCGGUUGUCUGCAAAGGAACUUUUAAUGGAUCCUUUUCUCCAGUCUAACGAAGAUACGGAAAUAAUAGAACAACCCCCACCACACAGUCCCAACACUGCAGAUUUGAAGGAUCCCAUGUCUGAGGGCAGUCGAGACUUCGAGGUACAGGGCCAAAGGAAGGACUUGAACACUAUAUUUCUGAAACUAAGAAUAGCAGAUUCCACAGGCCACGUCCGGAAUAUCCACUUCCCAUUUGAUACCGAGGUUGAUACAGCACUUUCUGUAGCCAGUGAAAUGGUUGAGGAACUAGACCUGACAGAUCAAGAUGUAUUAACUAUUGCUGCUAUGAUUGACUCGGAAAUUCAAUUUUAUAUUCCGGAGUGGGCAGCCAUGGAACUUUCUGGAGAUAAUGUUGGAUGUGGUGUUGCAACUUCUGGCAACUCUCCCUAUGAGGUGAACAAUGAUGCCUCUCCUUUGACAACUGAAUCUACCUCUUGUCCUGGUAAUCUUGUGCUGGAACGACUGCCUUCAGGCCGGAAGUUCUGGUCAGAUUCACCUCAGACAGUGGACAGAAGCUCUCCAUUUAAUCCUGGGCCUUCAAAUUUGUCCUUGGAAGGUUCAGCAACCUGUGGAAAUAACUGGACAGAAGAAAAUGAACAAUAUCCAGGUAGACUCAGAGAUGGAGGCUCAAAUGCAUCACUUGGGCAGUUGGAAGAUGAGCACAUGCUCCACAAUAACGUAGAGGAGAGAGAAGCUGCUUUGGCUACUGAUUCUCAAUUUGAUGAAAAUAACAGAGCUACAAAUUUUUAUUCCACCGAGGGGUCGCAUCCAAUGGGUGAAAACAGUGAAACCUCAAGAGAUAUUGAUUCCGAUGAUUUCUUCAGAAUCACUAAGGAGAAAAUUGAGAAUCUGUUGCUUGAACAGAAAAAGGAGCUAGAUGAACUAAGGAGGAAGCAUGAAUUGGCCAUGUCAAAGCUCUUGAAGGGACUUCCUCCAGAAAUUUGUAGCAAAGUCUUGAAAACUUGCAACCUGAAUGACUACAGAGCGCAUUGCCAGCUUUAGUGCAGUCCGGGAAUUCAGCCCUGGAAGGCUGUUUCUAGCAUAUGCAAGUUGUACUGCCACUGGAAUAUGUCUUCGACAAGCAAUCGAUUUAGCAAUAAUCUCACUCACCCUAAAAGUUUUGAAGAUAUCCCACGAACAUCAAAUGUAGAAUUCUAAGUUGGUGACACAAAUGGGAUGGGAAGCAGGAAAGAUGCAUGCUUGGAUCCAUCUUUAGGGAGAACGAAAUUGUUGCAUUAAUGCACUUUCUAGAAUGAUAUAAUUGAAGGAGAAAAAUCUAGAAAGAAUCAUUUCUAGAAGAUAGAUAUUUAGAGGGACUAUUCUAGAAAAAGUAAAAAACUGUAAACCCAAUUGGAAAGUCAACGGUGCAGCCUAUAUGUAUGCUUGAAGAGUUCAACGUACUUAAGAAAAAAAACUACAAACUCAUUUUGCCCAAA